AUGGAUAUUGAGUUUGACUCAAUCUCAAAAGGAAAAAGAAAUUCAAAUACAGACGCUAGCGCAUGCAGUCGAAAAGUAGAGUUUUGGCUUGCAAUAUCUGCCCCACCCUUCCCUUUCCUUCCCUUCUCUCCGUUCUCUGUUUCCUCUGAGAACUCCACUGAUGCAACAAAUGACUUUGAAGAUGUCAGCCACAGCGAUGCUGCUAGAGAGAUGAUGGAUAAAUAUUACAUUAGAGAUAUUGAUGUGUCAACAGUUCCUCUAAAACGUGCUUACAUUCCUCCGCAACAAGCCCUAUUCAAUCUGGACAAGACUUCAGAAUUUGUUAUCAAGAUUUUGUAG